AUGAUUUAUAAACAUAUUCUCUUGCUGGCCUACUUUGCUGUCAUUGUAUCUGCCAGCAAAUACUCGUACUGGCCUGACUAUACAUUUCAAACAUCUUCAUCACUAUAUUCGCAUCAUGCCGUAAGCAACGUCCACAUUGUUGACUGCAGCGAUGAUUCGUUUGUUUUAGAUAUCAAGGAGGUCAAAGUUUCACCUGACAUUGUCCAAGCAGGCUCUGAGCUGACAAUCGAAGCAUCAGGCACUGUAAAGGAAACGGUGAGAGAAGGUGCAGCAGCCACCGUUGUGGUCAAGCUGGGCGUUGUUCAAUUGUUGCGAAAGACAUUCGAUAUUUGUGACGAGCUAGAGAAGCACAAGGACGAUGUAGAGCUGCAAUGUCCCAUUGAAAAGGGCGAUUUGACUGUAACACAGAAGAUCACAUUGCCAAAGGAAAUACCCAGAGGCAAAUUUCUGGUUUCAGUUCAUGCAAUUACAGAUCAAGAAGAACCACUAGCUUGCUUAUUGAUUAGCGUCGAUUUCCGCGUGCGUCGCUCAAGAUGGGGCAAGUUUUUUCAGUUCAUAGAGGAUUAA